AUGGAGAGGAUGCUUUUGCUGAUGAGCUUGCUGGCCCGGUUCGUCGUGGCGGAAGUUCUGCUCGGCGACGUCGACGAACCACUGCCCAUAUCAGACGUAAGCGCAGUGGCCGGUUUCAAAGCUCAGAUACCUUGCGACAUCGAUCCGCCGAUUAAAGACGAGACGGUCAUCAUGGUAUUUUGGUACAAAGAUGAAAAGGACGGCGAACCGAUAUACAGCAUGGACGCUCGGGGGAGGCAGAUAGCUCAGGCGAGGCUUUGGUCGGAUCCGUACGUGUUCGGUGAAAGGGCGGUUAUGAAGACGGACGUAAAGCCCGCCGAGCUGGAGAUAGAUCCUUUGGAGUUCACAGACGGCGGUGUAUACAGAUGCAGAGUGGAUUUUAAGAAUAGUCCCACGAAGAAUCAGAAGAUUAAUCUUACGGUCAUAGUGCCGCCGAAAAAACCGGUGAUAUAUGCCGGCGCUAGCAGGAGCCCGGCUAAAAUACUGUUUAACGAGGGAAGCGAGACGUCCCUGUUGUGCGAGGUGAUCGGGGGUUUACCUCCGCCGAAGGUCACGUGGUAUUUCGACGGCAGAGUCCUGGACGAUACGUAUACGCGGGAGCACGACGAUAUAACGAUAAAUCGGCUGGAUAUCCCGAGGGUCACCAGGGACUUCCUGAGCACGAAGCUAAUUUGCAAGGCGAACAAUACUCAGCUUAUGACGCCCCUGACCUCCGAGGUCGAACUGGAUGUGAACCUGAAGCCGCUCGUGGUCAACAUUACGAAUAAGCGAUUUCACCUAUCGGCGUUAAGAACUUACGAGAUCGAGUGUGUCACCUCGGGUUCCAGACCGCAGGCGGUGAUCACCUGGUGGAAAGGGACUCAUCAAGUCAAACAUAUGGCUAGAAAUUUCCUAGACAAUCCGAACAUCACGAGAAGUGCGCUGAGCUACGUGCCGACCAUCGAGGACGAUGGAAAAUUUCUGACGUGCAGAGCGGAAAAUCCCGUGGUGCCUAACAGUGCCUUGGAGGACAAAUGGCAUUUAUUGAUAUAUUACGCACCGGUGGUGAGCAUUAAGUUGGGUUCCAGUUUGAAGGCGAACGAUAUAAACGAGGGCGACGACGUCUACUUUGAGUGCGACGUACGGGCCAAUCCGAGGUCUUACAAGCUACUUUGGUUCAAAGACGGCAAGGAAUUGCAUCAGAACGCCACCGCGGGGAUUAUUCUUCCCGGUGGGCACUCCCUGGUAUUGCAGAGCGUGACGAAAAGCUCCGCCGGGGAAUAUUCCUGCAUGGCAGUCAACGUCGAAGGGAAAUCCGCGAGUCGACCGGUAACCCUCGUAGUGAUGUACGCACCGAUCUGCAAGGACGGCUCUUCCACCCAAGUGGUCGGCGCCCUCAAGCACGAAACGAUCUCGCUGGUCUGCGGCGUACAGUCGAAACCGCCGCCCACGACCUUCCACUGGACGUUCAACAACUCCGGGGAGUUGAUGAGCGUGCCGGCCACGAGGUACGCGCAGGUCAAACCGCUCAGCCUGAUCACGACCCACUGGCACGGCUCCAGACUGAAUUACACGCCGGAGAACGACAUGGACUACGGCACGGUCGCCUGCUGGGCGAGAAAUCGGAUAGGGGUGCAGAGGACGCCCUGUCUCUUUCAGAUCAUCGUCGCCGGGAAGCCAUACCCCUUGCAGAACUGCACGGCCCUCCAGUCGACCGGACCCUACGCGUACCGAAUGGGUCACGAAGACUUUAAAGCCACCGACUCGAGGGACGCGGACUGGCUGAUCGUCAGGUGCUCCGAGGGAUUCGACGGUGGUUUGCCCUUGACUAAUUACGAGCUGGAGGUCUACAGUGAGGAGAACGUUUAUCAUGUCAAUACCAUCUACCUGAACCACACCGAUAGAUCCGGCUCAUCCGGUCCAGUUUUCGAAGUUCCCGGCUUAGAGCCCGGCCGGAAUUACAGGCUUCAUCUUUAUGCCGUCAACGCGAAGGGUCGGAGCGAUCCCGUUGUUUUGGAACCGGUCACACUGAAAGGCGUGGCGAUGUACACCACUGGUCGAGGAAUCUCGGACGAGGCGACCGAUUACAGCCUCCUAGUGGCGUGCUUCGCCGGCGGCGUAACCGCUAUUUGCAUUCUGAUCGUCGGGAUAACGCUGACCCUGUACCGUCGCAGCCAUCCGACGCAGGCGGCGAAGGCGCGGGCGGCCGAACCGGUGCAGUACGAGAGCAAGGAGGACGGUCGGCCGGCGGCGCCGGCAGCGACGACGACGACGACGACGAGGACGAGGAGUGGCAGCGGCGAGGCGGCGACCGCGCACCGGGACGACUUGAAGGGGCAGAUAAGCGCGGACGUGCCGGACGACGAUCCGGACGUGAUACCGAGCAAGGCCGUCGAUAGACGGCCGGACAUCUUCGAGCCGGGCUACGCGUCCGGCAAGCCGUCCGAGCGAGCCAAGGACUUCAGGUGCCUCGAGGACCUCGACUAUCCGUCGCCCUCGUCGGUGCUCCACGCCAAGGACUCCUGGAUCUAUCCGAACGGCUACGCGGAGAAGAGCGAGAAGAGCCUGUCGAGCCCGAUGCGGCCCAGCACGCUACCGGUGCACCGCACCCACGAUAUCUACACGAGGAGUCUGCGUGUACAGGAGAGUUGUAUAUAGACGGAGGUAUAGGCACAUUUACUUUGCGACCCGGGGGCACUUUAUAUCCGGGUCAGUACCCUCCGAUGCUCGCCAAACCUCGUCGUACGCGAUUAAACGACGCUUGUAAAUAGACAAUAAAUACCGUUAAGAAUAAUCCCGACCUCCCGACCGGCGUGGCACGUCGUCGACAUUUGACAUUCCUAUUCUUGUUUUUCACCUAGCUGUAAGAGCGGUAGCUGCGAUAGCCUCGUUCUAAGGGAAAACGUGAUACUUGGGACACGCCAGGGCGCGAUCAUAUUGCGCGCGUGUACAGAGACAAUAAUUUUCCGCCGUUAAAAGAAAAAAGAAAAUAGACUUCUCGUCACCUCUGCCCCCCUCUCUCGUCGGAAGCCUUCCCGUAAGAAAAAAAUUAAAAUAAAAUAAAAUAAAACAACCUAUCCGCGAAUGUCUGGAGGGAGCGUAAAUGUUUUUGUCUACGGAUGUUUCAUCGUGCUUCGUGGUUAAAUUAAAUGGUCAAAUGUAAACGUUUGUAUAUACAAAUAAUAAAUCUUGUUG